AUGUUGAAAUUGUUUUUUAUAAAUUUGCUAUGCAUAGUCCUUUGGGCACACGCAUUGCCUGUUCAUGGUGUUAAAACGCUACUGCUGUAUGAUUCCAAAAUUACGGAUUUGAAUGAAUAUUCGAAACUGUUUGCUACUUUGCAGAAAAGAUCAUACAAGAUUGAAUUUGUUGCGAUAGAUGAUUCCAAUGAUCAAUUCAAGCUCUACGAUGGUGAGAAGAGGCUAUAUGACAACUUAAUUUUGUUCCCAACCAAAAGCAGAACGAUCAGCAGCAACUUUGACGUGAGCACUUUAUUAAAUUUCUCUGAAGAUGGCGGAGACGUCUUGACAAUUACAAGUCCUGGUGGUUUAAAUGAUGCUGUUCGUAUAUACUUGAACCAAUUGGGGAUUUAUCCAAGCCCAAGGGAUUCGAAAUUGGUCGAUUACUUUCAGAAAGGUGCAAGUGAUGUUAUUUCGAUUUCAACAAGUGAAGUCUUAAACAGAAACGUUUUUUCUGAACCUUCAAUGGAACUCGUUUAUUCUGGUUCGUCUGCUUUGUUGGGUAAUGGUGAAUUACUAGUACCAAUAUUAGCAGCCCCUAGAACUUCAUUCAAUACCAACAACAAAGGAGACCGCUGGACUGUUGGUUCACAGGGUUAUCUAAUCGCUGGGUUUCAAAGUUUAAACAAUGCAAGAACUGUUUGGAUCGGAAGUGAUUCUUUUUUGAAAGACGAUGUGUUCAAUUCCAACGGUUUGUUCAUUGAAGAUUUAAUAAAGUGGAAUUUCAGAGAGAAGGCUGUUAUUAAGAGUGUUGGUUUCUCCCAUUCACAUUCUAAUGGAAUUUCAUACGAUGAACAUCCUUAUAAGGUUAGAGAUUCAAUCGUUUACGAAGUCGGUUUUUCAGAAUGGAACGGGUCUGAUUGGGUCCCCUUCAUUACAGAUGAUGUGCAAUUUGAAUUACGUAUGAUUGACCCAUAUUAUCGCCUUACUCUGAAUGCCAGUAGGCAAACUAAAGACAUCCAGUACUACACUACAGGCGAAUUUAAAUUGCCAGACCACCAUGGCGUUUUCACCUUUUUGACGGAUUAUAGAAGAUCUGGGUUAUCUUAUGUAACAGAAAAGGAUGUUAAAGCAAUUCGACAUCUGGCAAACGAUGAAUAUCCAAGGAGUUAUAAAAUCACAAACGCAUGGGUAUAUCUAUCAUCGAUUUUCUCUGUGAUUUUCCUGUUUUCGAUGUUCUUGCUUGUCUAUAUGAAUGCUCCAAUUACUGAGAACGUUGGCGUAGAAAAGAAGAAUAACUAG